UGCGAAGCUUUUGGAUAUUUUUUUCUUUUUGUCGAGUUUGUACACUAGUUCUUACCAUUGCCUCUAUAUUUUUUCUCAAUUUUCUUUGUUUAAUAAACCUCUAGUAUAUUUUAUUAAAAAUUAGCCAUCUUUUUACAAACAAAAAUUAAAAAAAAAAUGUGGAUCCAGGUACGAAGUAUGGAUGGUCAUAUUUCUGUCCGCGUGGAUGAAUUAUCCAAAUUGACAAAAAUAGAAGAUUUAAGAAAGCGUAUAGAAGGUAAAUUCAGUGCGCCUCCAGAACGUCAGCGAUUGUUUUACCGUGGAAAACAGCUGGAAGAUGGACAUACGUUAUUUGACUAUGACGUUGGACUCAAUGACAUCAUACAGAUCUUUGUCCGCCCUGUUCACAGUGACCAGCCAAUCAAAAAAUCAUUAAAAUCCCACAAAGAAGAGGUAGAAGAAACAAGUAGCAGCGAUGAGAGCACGGGUUCAAACAAAGAAAACAAACUGGAGACUGAAUAUCAAGAAAGUGGUAAGGUAGAGGAUGGUACAUCAGCAAAAGAAAACAACAGAUUAGAGCCAAGUCUCAGUAAAUAUUACCAGGUUGGCUCUCUUGUGGAUGCCAAAGAUGUUAACCUCGGAGCCUGGUUUGAAGGGAAGAUUGUAAACAUAUAUAGGAAUAAGUCUGAAACGAGUAACAAAGGCCACAAUCCUAUUGUUAACUUGACAGAAAAAACAGACAGUGAAAUAGACUCUGUGAGUAACACUUGUACACUAGAAGUAAAAAACUUCGACCCUGCACAGAAUCAUGGCAUUAUACUUAAUGAUUGUCUCAAUCCAGUCCACGAGAGGAAUAAUGAAGAGGCUUCAUCAGAAAAUAGAGACAGAGAAUUUGAUGAUCUCGUGUAUGAGGUGAAAAUUGAAAACUACGAAGAAGAUGAACCCUUAAAGCUCAGACUAGAGCAGAUCCGUCCAAGGGCACGAACAGUUGUAAGGUUUGACGAAAUUGAAGAAGGUGAAGUAUACAUGGUCAACUACAGUAUCGAGGAGCCCGAAGAGAGAGGAUACUGGUAUGACUGCUUGAUAACGAAGAUGAAAAAUGCUAGAACUAUUAAACAACUUUACGGGACUAUAUACAGUUAUGACUUCAUUACUCAGACUACUAUUUACACUAACAAUAUAUUCAACACUAACCUGCGUAGCCUGGUGGCUGCCGUGAUGGAAAGUGGAUCAAAAGGUCCGCCUGACUCUGCUCCACUAGACAACUGCAAGAUAGUAUUCAUGGAUGAAGUGUACAAAAUUGAGGAGAAAAAAGAAAUUGAUUUUAAUAAUGAAGAAGAUCAAAAAGUUACAUCUCUGGAAUCACCAGCUAAAAGACAAGUGAAACCCGAUUGCUCUCAAUGUAAAGAUGUUGCCAGCAGAAAGUGUCGUUUCUGUAGUUGCCACAUCUGUGGAGGAAAGGAUGAGCCAGCGAAGCAGGUCAUGUGUGAUGAGUGUGAUAUGUCUUACCACAUAUGGUGCCUUACUCCAUCUCUUGACGAUGUGCCUGAUGUUGAAGAGUGGUACUGCCCAGAAUGUAAAAAUGAUGAAACAGAAGUUGUACGAGCAGGAGAGAAGUUGAAAGAGAGUAAAAAGAAAGCGAAGAUGGCUUCUGCUAAUUCUGCAUCUAGCCGGGACUGGGGUAAAGGAAUGGCUUGUGUUGGUAGAACUAGAGAAUGUACGCUGGUUCCUCCCAACCACUUUGGCUCUGUACCUGGCAUUGAAGUUGGGAAGAUGUGGAAGUUUCGAGUACAGGUUCUUCAUCAAAUCAAACAUUGUAUUAACUUUAUUAUAUUAAAGGCAUUCUGUAGACAGUUUUCAAUUGUCAUUGUAUCUUGCUUUUUUCUGCAAUUAAUCAUUAUUACAGGUUUUUUUUAUACGUGUUUUAGGGCAUUAGCCUUAAACUGUGCUGCUGUUUUGAAUGCUAAGACAGGCGCAGAAGCCAGAAACUGGAAAGAAGGAAAACCUGUUCGAGUAUUGCGCAGUUACAAAGGGAAGAAGUAUUCAGAAUACUGCCCUGAAGAUGGCAUUCGAUACGAUGGUCUGUAUAAGGUUGUCAAGUACUGGUCAGAGAAAGGUAAAUCUGGAUUCUUAGUAUGGCGAUACCUUCUUCGUCGUGAUGAUCCUGCUCCUGCACCGUGGACAAAAGCGGGAAAGAAGCGAAUAAAGGAACUUGGACUUAUAAUGGAGUAUCCUGAAGGUUAUCUUGAGGCUUUGGCAGCCAAAGUGAAACCUGAGCCAGAAGAUGGAAAAAAAGGCAAAGGCAAGAGAUCGAGAGGAGACUCAGGCUGUGACUCUUCAACUCUUAAGAAGAAGAAAUCAGCAGUGUACCAGAUUCCUGGUGAUAUUAAUAAACUGAUUAAGAAAGAUAAGUUAAACCAGAAGCUUUGGAAUGAGUGUACAGCUGUUGUAAAGGAGGGUCAGCAGGUCUUCUUCAAGAGAGUAGAGGAGCUGUUUUUGUGCAUAUGUUGUCAAGAAGUGGUGUUCAAUCCAGUGACUACUGAAUGUUCACAUAAUAUAUGCAAGUCUUGUCUCCAACGGUCCUUCCGUGCAGAAGUCUACUCUUGUCCAGCAUGUCGCAGUAGCCUCGGUAAAAGAUACAGUCUUGAAAUUAAUAAAUCUCUUGGUGAGGUACUGCAGCUGAUAUUUCCGGGAUACGAGGCUGGCCGAUUAUAGAACUCUACAAGAUGUUGAUCUUGGAUAUCUCAUCUUUUCUUCAAUAAAGUAUUACUUCAUUUAAUUUUCUUUUUAAACCCUAAUAUUUUACAUCGGUUUUUGAUCUUAAAGUACUUGUUUUCAAAGAGUGAGCACUAAAUAUUUGUGUAGUAAACAUAACAGUUUUCACAUGCUAUUACUGAAAGACUUACAGUAAUUACGAAACUUUACAUAUCGUUCUCAUCUGUUUCGUCAAAGCCUCAUUCAGUAAUAAAAUGGGACUAUAUUGUAAUUUUCAUUAAGUUACUCAAUAUUCGAUAAAUUUAUUUUAUAAAAAAGGAUUUGGUUUAAAAAUCUCAAAGUCUGUGAGUAAAAUGUAUUUCAUAAAUAAUCCAACUGAUAAAAUAUUUAAGUAUAAAAAAAUCCGGCUGUUUUGUAUAGUUGAUAUCUUUUAAUUUCAGCACAAUCAUAAUUUUCAUUGAGAGAUGAUGUGUUAAUAAGCUUGUUGUUGGUGUAUUGUUACUUAUUAAAGCAUUUUGUAAACAUAGAUUAUACAAUAUAUAUAUAUAUAUAUAUAUAAUAACAAAGUAUUACUGAACUUGAUUUCUUUUGUUUUUGGUGAUCUGAAAUUGUCUUGAUUUUCAUGAAAGCAAAAUUGAAAUAUUUUUAUAAAUAUUUUGUUGUAAAAUUUAAAAUUUCUAUAAUUUUCAUAUCUCUGAAGUAAGAUGAUGUGCUUUUGUUAUUUCUAACUUUUAUACUCCAUAAGAAUAAUUCUUUCAUAUGCUACUUACCUAGACUAGUCUCAAAAUAUUGUUCAUUUUUUGUUAUAAGCCAAACAGAGUCUUGAUUACUGUGUUUGUGUUACCUGUAAAAGUCAUGCUAUAAAUACCAGUUACACUUAUUACUCUGCUAAAACAUAUCAGUGAGGUGGGAAGACUCAAAAAACUUCUGUUUGAAGGGGGUGGUGAUCACACCCACACUGUAAAAAAUGGCAUCAUAAAAAUGUCACUCUGCAAGUUAUGGAUUUUAAUGAUCGCCACACCUGUACUGUAAAGUAAAUCAUGAUUCAAUAAUAUCAUAAAAAGACAGAUAACAUCGUACAGAAGCAGUGCACUUGAGACACAUUACUGAAUAACAGUGUUCAAAGGCAGUUCACAUGAGAUAGAAUAUGAAUAACACAGUUCAAAGGCAGUGCACUUGAGACACAUUACUGAAUAACACUUUUCAAAGGCAGUACACGUGAGACAGAGUACUGAGUAACACAGGUCAAAGGUGGUAUACAUGAAACAGAGUACUGAAUAACGCUGUUCAAAGGCAGUACACAUGAGACAGAGUACUGAGUAACACAGUUCAAAGACAGUACAUAUGAAACAGAGUACUGAGUAACACAGUUCAAAGGCACUACACAUGAGACAGAGUACUGAGUAACACUGUUCAAAGGCAGUACACAUGAGACAGAGUACUGAGUAACACAGUUCAAAGGCAGUACACGUGAGACAGAGUACUGAAUAACACUGUUCAAAGGCAGUACACAUGAGACAGAGUACUGAGUAACACAGUUCAAAGGCAGUACAUAUGAAACAAGAGUACUGAGUAACACAGUUCAAAGGCAGUACACAUGAGACAAUACUGAGUAACACAGUUCAAAGGCAGUACACAUGAGACAUAGUACUGAGUAACACUGUUCAAAGGCAGUACACAUGAGACAGAGUACUGAAUAAUAGUGUUCAAAGGCAGUACACGUGAGACAGAGUACUGAGUAACACUGUUCAAAGGCAGUACACGAGACAGAGUACUGAGUAACACUGUUCAAAGGCAGUACACAUGACACAGAGUACUGAGUAAUACAGUUCAAAGGCAGUACACAUGAAACAGAGUACUGAAUAACACUGUUCAAAGGCAGUACAUAUGAAACAGAGUACUGAGUAACACAGUUCAAAGGCAGUACAUGUGAGACAGAGUACUGAAUAACACUGUUCAAAGACAGAAUACUGAGUAACACUGUUCAAAGGCAAUACACAUGAGACAGAGUACCAUUAUCUGUCUCGAAAUAUUAUAACGUUGCUGACAUACAGAUUGUCUGGAUUUGAAAAUCAUUUUUAUUCUAUUGUCAAUUUGGAAUGUGUGUUUGCUAAUAAAAGCCACUUCUAUUAAAUUAAAGCUCACUUUGUUUCAGGCAACUUGUUUUAUUUAAAAUAUACGUUUCAGCAGUGAUUUGAACAGUAUCAGAUGUGGAAGACAACUGUUAGUUUUGUUACUGAAACAGAGAUCAAGGUUUUCAAUAGGUUAUUAAAGUCUGUUUAAACUAUUUUGUACAAAUGAAACUCUUGUUUUACUUGCAGUGCCAAUGUGUGUGAGAGUGUGUGUGAUCUAAAAGACAGUCUGUACAAUUGUUUACACUUUCCAAUCCUUAAAGAUUUUAUUUUACUGAUGCUGUUGUCAGUGUUUCUAUUUUCAGUUCAACAUUAGGUUUUUGUGGUCUUUAUUAUUGUAUUGUAUAUAGAGGGUACAUGUUGUUUUAAAGUUAUGAAUCAACUGUAAAAUGGUGUUUUUACACAAAAGCUUCCUCAAACCUAUUUUAAUAUAUCAGUCAUAGUUUUUAUGUUGAAAACUUGUUCCAACAAGUUCAAACAUUAGUGUGAUGUAUGCAUUUUCAAGUGCCUGUCAUAUUAUCAUCUUUCGAACCAUGAAUUUUGUAAAAAAUUGUAAAUACCUUGAAAUAAAUCAUUGCAUUUGAAAUGAAA